UGAGCUGUGAGUCAGCAGCAACAAGAGGCGGACCAGGAAGCGCUGUCUUUGCUGGAGAGAGAGAGAGAGAAUGUGGGGUCCCCGUCCGGGUGAUUGACAGACAGACAGACAGUCAGUCAGUCAGUCCCGGGGAGCGCUCAGCCGCUUGUGCUUGUAGCGCCAGGCCGGCUGAGAGGAUGCAAGCUGCAGGAGAGGACGGGGCGACUGCCCGGCAGACUCUGUCCGUGCAUAACUUCAGCGAGAAGCUGUCGGAGCUGACGGUGCAUUUUCACGUCCUCCGCAUGAAGGACAGCUUCUUUUUAUGGGUGGGGAGCUCCCCUACCCUCUCCAACCUUGCUGUAGCCAUGUGCACCAAAUUUGACCCAAUGCCAGUGUCCACAUUAAUGCUUGGAGAUUCCUCUGACACCACUCCGAACUCUGUGGCACAAAGGCUAGCAAAGAAGACAGGAAAACAGGUUUUCAUCAGUUAUAACCUGCCCAGCACCAACACCAGUCUCUCACUGCAGGUGGAAAACCGAAUCAAAGAAGAAAUGAAAGCUCAUCCAGACAAGUUUUAGUUGUCAUUUAACUUUUUUUUAGGGAAUUUUGGAUUGAUUUGUUUAAUAAAAUGUUAUAAAUGCC